AUGACGUUAUUACAUUCGAUUACAAUGUAGUUGGACUCAAAGAUCGAAAGAUUGAAGAAGGUUCCUUUUCAGCUUAUUCUUAACGCUAAAAAACCAAAACCAAACACUCCCCCAACUUCCACUUCGCGCUCUUCAUCCGAAAUUUAUCAAACGGAAAUCGAUUUUUAAUCAUUUUUUGCUUAGUUUGGGAUAUGUUCAGGUACAGAUAUUUAAGAUAAUAAUCAUCGGAUAAUAAAGAAAAGUUUGGUGAAGAAUUUGGUUAUUAUCAUUUAUCAAUUUAUUGGUUCUAUUUGUGCGUAAUUUUCUAUCAAGAACCAAAAUCAGAGUUUCAUUUCAGGUUUAAAGAGGUCAUUUUGGUAUGAAAUUAUGUUCUGUUGUGUCUGGGCAUCAUAAAGUAUGUAAAAGAUGAAGGGUUUGUUAUUUCUAGGAAUUUUGUUUGGGACUUCAAUGGGGGCUGACUCAGUAAUGCUAUGAAGACAUGGUGAUAAUAGUGCUUUGAGUCUAUAAAACUGAUUUUGUGGUUUUGGAUUAAUGAUGGUUCGCUAGUCGUAAGUUAGCUACUUGUAUGGUUUAGCAUUCAAUGUGUGGAGCUAGUCAGUGACUCUGUUUCAGCGUAUUUGGUUCUACAUAAAGAUAGUGGAUGGGUUCAAGCUAAGUUGUCCUAUAUAUUUUCAGCCAAAGAACUGUUAUGGAAGAUUCAUCUAUGACGGCUGUUGAAUUACUGCGGUCUCAGUUGAUAUCUGAAAGGUCUAUAUCCAAAACUGUGAGGGAAAGAGCUGAAGAAUUGGCAAAACGGGUAAUGGAACUGGAGAGGCAACUGAGAUUUGUGAGUCUCCGAAGGAAGAAAGCUGAGAAGGCUGUCGAGGUGGUACUUUCAAUUUUAAAGAGCAAUGAGAUUAGUGACUUUUCUGAUGAAUUGGAUCCGAGUUCGGUGAAGGAAAGAAAUGCUUGUGAAACUCUCACGGAAGAGAAAAGUUUCUCAACGUUGAAAUCAAAGAGAAAAGAAAAAGAGGGACAGUCAGGCUGGGAUCGUGAAUCUUUUCACUCUAUUGAUAGAAGCAUUUCUUGGGAAAGCUGCACUGGCAGUUCAGGUUCUCUUGGAAAGAAAAAAAACAGUAGUCAGACUAGGAGGAGGAGCCGGUCCUUUUCUAUUGGUGGAUCUUCUGCUAAACAACUGUUAGGUAAAUCUUGCCGGCAGAUGAAGCGAAGGGAAACAAGAUCAGCUUUGGCUGAGAUAAGGGAUGAUUGCCAACUGCAAGAAAAUGGAACCGAUACCGAGUUUGGAGAUAUUUCCAGUGGGAGCAACAAGCCUGCAAUUUUAAAAGAAAGUUUGAAAGGUAAAGUCUUUGUGGAUCUGGAUAUGAAAAGAUCACUUGAAAACCAGGCCCGGCUCAUUGGUCACUAUGAAGCCGAAGAAAAUGCUCAAAGGGAAUGGGAAGAGAAAUUCCGGGAGAAUAAUAGCUGUACCCCGGAUUCAUGUGAACCUUGGAAUCAGUCAGAUGUCACAGAUAUGACUGAAGAAAGAGAGACCACGAAAGCUGAACGUGCCACACUAUCUAAUGGUAUCAGACCAACAACGGAACCAGAAGAUGUUUCCCACAGCGGGGAGGAAAAAUUCAAAACACUUCCUAAAAGUUUCAUGCCUACUUCAGUCCUAAACGCGGGGUGCUCGGAUCAACAGUCCAACUGCUUGAGUUCAAUGGAAAAGGGGUUAAAUACUGAUUACUCUGAAUUUUCAUUCUCUCACCACCAAGAAUACACAGAAGCUAAAGCAAAUGGAAAGCCGGAGCUAGAUUGGCCGGAUAGAAAUUCGUCCAAUCCAACUUCGUGUGGGUCAUCUGAGAACCAGUUAUCACAAGCUUUCCCUACGUCUAACACAAGUGGAAGCUCUUCCAGCAAAGGAGGAUCCACAGGGAGGCAAAAUGAACUCCAACUAGCAACUCAUCAUGAAGCAACCAAAGGCUUGGGGGAUGUGUUGGAGUCAUUACGACUUGCAAAAUUGUCACUAAACCAGGAAAUUAGUAGGCUGCCUUCGGGAAGCCAUAGAAGACUGGUAGACAGUGCAAGAGACAUUCCUAUUCUGGCUAUUAAGGCUGCGGAUGUAACGGAGAUGCCCAUCGAAUGUACUGGAUUGUUUAGAGUACCUACUGUUUUUCAACCUGAUCAUUACUCUGUCCUUACACCUCGCUUGUGGAGUCCUCAUGGAAAAGAUACGAGGACUGAUUUUUUGUGAUUAUCAUUUAGUACGAGGACUGUAAAAUGAUUGAAAAUUUAAGCUUCUCCAAGAAUCCCGUCUAUCGUCUAUUUUGACAUAGUCUGGACAAGGCCAAAUGUUGCAGAAUAUGUGAUUUGUUUUUUUGACAAAACUGUACUUGUGUAUUAUUGUAUAAUGAGCAAAAACUGCCUUUUUUCUAUAAAA